UGUGUGUGUGUGUGUGUGUGUGUGUGUGUGUGUGUGUGUGUGUGCCUGCGCGUGCGCGCACGCGUGUGUGUGCGGAAGUAAACACCGCGCACCCGACUUUAAUUUAUAUUAAAUAAUAAAACACGUUUUCGAGCCGGAAAAGAGCCGAUUCACGUGCAGGGUAAAGGAGAUACAGAGCGGUCACGUGUUACACAGGUUAAAACCGAGUCGUGCAGCUCAGGGAUGCAGAAGAUAUCGUCAAAAACUGUGUAGAAGCUUUACACCUGAUCACAGCAGGCCUGCAUGAUGGAAGAGCAGUGUGUAGGAGGAGGUGUAGGAGAAGGAGAAGGUGUCCUGCAGCGUCAUCUGCCCUGUGAUCCUCCAUCUUCCUGCACAGCAGCAGUGGGGACAGAUCUGUCCAUGGCUGACAUCUCACACCUCCACACUGAAGUGUGUGAGCUCAGGAGAACCGUCAGGCACCUCGAGCACAGGCUCAGUCAAGCACUCAAACUCUCCAACCAGCAGGUGAUGGGAUCUACACCAGCGUUGUGCUCUGCGUGUAAAGCUGAUCUUAGCACGUCAGCAGAAAGAGACUCGGAACACACACUGCAGGUUGUGGACUCUCUACAGAGUGUGUGUGCUGGGGGUGAAGCUGAAUGGCCUGAUGUUGGUUUACAGGAGAGUGUGACGAAGUGUGAGAAGGAUGAACCCAGCACCUCUGUUAAUUUACACAGCGAUCUGAACCUCCUCACACACUCCUCACCACACACUCCUCUGAAAACGUCUGGAGGUGAGGAGCAGAAUGCGACACACUCUCCACUGAUGUGCUCAUUUACACUGUUGGACUGCAGGACAGUGCUGGAAGUGAAUGGAAACAUCAGGCAAGAGGAACAGCUGGAGGAUGGGAGUGCUCUUGCUGAGGAACCGGAGGAACCGGAGGAACCUGAUGAAGAACUUGAGGAACCUGAUGAGGCCAGUGAUGAUUUUUGUCCUUCAACUUCUGCCGGAGGCCACAGUGAGUCCUGUGAUGAAGAAGGGAAGCCCUCAGUGAAGCAUAAUGGGGAAGAGAAGAAGAAGAAGAAGAAGAAGAAGAAGAAGAGUGGGAUAAAGACGGUUACCCCCUGCACCAUCUGCGGACAGGAGCUGAUGUCUGCAGCGUUCCUGACGCGACACAUGAAGAUGCACGAGAACCGCGUGAAGCAGAAGACGCUGCGUCCUCACGUGUGUGAGGUGUGUGAGAAAGGCUACCCCACUCACUCCGCCCUGAAGGUCCACAUGAAGUCCCACAGCGGGGACAAACCGUUCCGCUGCGAGCUCUGUGGGAACUGCUUCAAAACCAAAGGAAACCUGAAAUGCCACCAGAGCAUCCACACGGGUCAGAGGCCGUUCCGGUGCGCGUACUGCCAGAUGUGCUUCUACCACAAGACUCACCUGAAGAAGCACGAGCGCGUCCACACCAACGAGAAGCCGUACGUGUGCUCAGUGUGCGAGAAGGGCUUCAUCACCGUCAGCGCUCUGAAGCAGCACCAGAGGGUCCACACGGGCGAGAAGCCCUACUCCUGCUCCUACUGCGACAUGACCUUCGGGCAGAAGGUCAACCGCGACCGGCACGAGCGCACGCACACGGGCGAGAAACCCUUCCUGUGUGACCACUGUGGGAAAGGCUUCUCGGACCCGCGUCACUUCUACACGCACAAGCGCAUCCACGUGGGGGAGAAACGUGAGAGACCCUUCAGUGCUCCUUCUGCGGGAACUCCUUCUUCUACCGCAUCAACCUGAAGCAGCACGAACGCGUUCACACUAAAGAACGCCCAUACAGCUGCUCCCAGUGUCCCAAAACUUUCGCCCGACCCGACGUCCUUAAAACACACCUGCGUGUCCACACUGGAGAGAAACCUUACCGCUGCAGCAUCUGCGACCAGGGCUUUACCUACCUGGGCAGCUUCAGGGCUCACCAGAAGAACCACACCAAGGAGGACAUCAAGCAGAACCCAUAACACACACACACCAUAUUAAACUCCUCACGGGUGUGUGUAUGCACCCCAGAGCUUCUCAGGAACUUCCUGGAGAACAUCUCAUGCUUUCUUUUCUGAGAGCAGCAGUGCGAUCAGAUUCAGACCUUCAGUCUGGAGAAAAGGCCUGAUAAUUAUAAAGGUGUGUUUUGAAAGAGUGAGAAGAUCAGAUCUAACUGUGACCAAAUGAUCCCAAAAAAGAAGAAAUGAGACAUCAUGAGAACAUGCGAGAAGAUGGGACUGAGCAGUACUUGAGACUGAUUGCAGAUAUCAAAUGGAGCAUGGUCAUGUAGUGGGUCACAUGGUCUCAGUAUAAACCAAUUAAAACUCACUCUACACACACACACACACACACACACACACACACACACACACACA